CGGCUGUUGGUUGUGCAUGUGGUUUGGUAAAUAUAUUUGUAUUAAAGAUUCAGGUAUUAUGAGCUGUGAACGGGGAAAUGUUGCAAGGAAGCGAGCGCAAAAGCACCAAAAUGUCACUGUGUUUAAAAAUGACAAGUAUGACAAAAGUAAUAAGACGAAGAGGCUGAAUGCUAUCGUACAUACAGGUGUAUGCAUACGAUGUAAGGAAGUGUUGGAAUGGAAAAUAAAAUAUGGCAAGUAUAAGCCACUUAGUCAGCCUCGGAAAUGCGUUAAAUGCCUUCAGAAGACGGUGAAGGAUUCGUACCACAUUAUGUGUAAACCAUGUGCCUUCAAGCUGGAGCUCUGUGCCAAAUGUGGGAAGAAGGAGGAGAUUGUGCAUCUAUUGUCCUCUUCAGAAACCCAAAAUAGAGAAGGUGAUGCUGAAACAGAUCCUGACACAAGAAGUUGCAUAAAAGGGAGCGAAGGCAAUGGAGAUGCCGAAUGUACUGAUGACUCUGAUUUUGAUGGUGAUGAUGAGAGCGAUAGAGCAAAGUCCAUUGAGACUUUAACUUGUGUAUCCAACCAACAAACUAAUGCACCAUUGAAGAACAAACAGAUGACAGCCCAGGGAGAACUGAACUUUUCUAGCUUGAAUCUUGAGGAUUGAGCAACAGCCAGUAUAAAUGAAACAGCUUGAUCGUUUCUAUCUUUGGUUACAUAACUGUAUACUAGGUUCAGUAUAUCUGACAUGACUGUCAACCAAAGCAUGUUUUUCUAGCUUCUUUGCACAGAUAGGAACAUGUAAUAUUGUCAGAAUAAUACUGUGAAAGAGAGAGUGGAGAAAUUAGUGCAAGCAUAUUGACUGCUAGUUUCAGUCCACCAGAUCCACUGUCUGAACUGAAUGUGCAGCAGUGGAUGUUGUGAACAGCUGAUGCUCGUACACUGUGCGCUCAGGUCUAAACACAGAUGUCUUUAUCAUAAUGAGGCAAUUGAUUAAACUAAUGACUUAGAGAAUUAUGAAAGAUAUGACCUAACCAUAUGUAGGGUAUAAUUCCUAUUAAUGACACAAGUAUUAUUUGAAUUCAUGAAAAUUUGGCAUUAUUAUUAACUUGAGCUGUUGCUACAAAGUGGAACAAUUUAUAUUAUUGUAGUGGUUAGACUUUCUCUUUAUUCUGAAAAAUUUGUAUUUUAUAAAUUCUCUAAAAUAAAAUACAAUCUUGAGUAUCUUCUGCCGAGUCACAUAAGUAAAACCACAAAAUGCACUCAAUGCCCACUUUAUUAACUACAGGGCUUCUGCUGCUGUAGCCCAUCUACUUCGCUUCGAUGUGCUGUGCUUUCAGAGAUGCUCUUCAGUAUACUGUUGUAACAUGUGGUUAUUUGACUUGCUGCUGCCUACCUGUCCACUUGAACCAGUCUGGCCAUUUUCCUCUGCCCUUUCUCAUUAACAAGGCCCUUUUACCCAUAGAACUGCUGUUCUCUGGAUGUUUUCUGCACCAUUCUCUGUAAACUCUAGAGGCUGUUGUGUGUUAAAACGCCAGGAAAUCUGUUUCUGAGAUACUCAAACCACCCCGUUUGGUGCCAGCAAUCAUUCCACUGACAACGUCACUUAGAUCACUUUUCCUCUCCAUUCUGAUGUUUGGUCUGAACAAUAACUUGCCUCUUGACCACAUCUGUAUGCUUUUAUGCAUUGAGUUUCUGCCAUGUGAUUGGCUGACUAGAUAUUUGCAUUAAUGAGCAGAUGUACCUAAUAAAAUGGCCACUGUGUA